AUGAGCAGAAUUCAACAGUUAGAGGAAAUUGAGAAAAAUAUUGCUAAAGCUCUCGAAUUUGCUGGUGUGGUUAUGAAUGAAAUGGCCAAAGAUAAGUCAGUAAGCAAAAAUGUUGAAUCACACUGCACCCAGUUUGCUAAAGCAUUGGAGAACGUUGAAAGUGGACUGAUGUCACAGAUUAAUUACCUCACAACGGUUUCUACAAGUCAGCCGCACACAGGAUCGAGCUAUGGUGCACAGAAAGAUUUACUCCUGGCUUGCCAAAGAAAUGAAAUAAUUAAAAAUCGACUUCAAGAAUUAGAAAAAGUACAUGCUAGUCAUGCCAAGAAAUUUUCAAAUUAG